AUGACUUGGCACAAUGACCAUGCAACUGAGGAUGGGGUGAUGCGCCACUGUUCAGAUGCUCCUGCUUGGAAGCAUUUCAACCAAACUCAUCCAACCUUCGCACUGGAGGCCCGAAAUGUCAGACUUGGCCUUUGCACUGAUGGAUUUCAACCAUUCGGUCAAUCUGGGCAACAGUAUUCUUCAUGGCCAGUAAUACUAACUCCAUACAAUUUGCCACCAGGUAUGUGUAUGAAAGAUGAGUACAUGUUCCUGACAAUAAUAAUACCUGGUCCCAAGAAUCCGAAAGAGAAGCUUGAUGUGUACAUGCAGCCAUUAGUGCAAGAAUUGAAAGAACUUUGGGCAAUUGGUGUGAAUACUUACGAUGCUUUCCAGCAGAACAAUUUUACUAUGCGUGCUGCAUUAAUUUGGACUAUAAGUGACUUCCCUGCUUAUUCAAUGCUCUCAGGGUGGAGCAUAGCAGGACGCACUGCAUGUCCCUACUGUAUGGAAAACACAGAUGCAUUUACAUUACGAAGAGGGGGUAAACAAACAUGGUUUGAUAGUCAUCGGAAGUUCUUGCCUGACGACCACCCUUUCCGUCGAAACAAGACAUCUUUUAUUAAAAACAAAUGUGUAUCGAAGUCACCGCCGCCAAUUAGAACUGGGGAAUACUUGCUAAAAGAAAUUGAGAAAAUUGGGUUGAGGCGGGUUAUAGACAUUGACAGUCAUGAAAUAAAUUGUCGGCUUUCAAAGAGAACUGGUUGGUGUAAGCGGAGCAUAUUAUGGGAUUUGCCAUAUUGGUCUUCAAAUAUGAUUCGCCACAAUCUUGAUGUAAUGCACAUUGAAAAGAAUGUAUUUGAAAAUAUUUUUAAUACAGUUAUGAAUGUGGAGGGGAAGACAAAAGACAAUAUAAAAUCAAGGGAAGAUUUAAAUGAAAUAUGCAGGAGACCAGAAUUGAAGAAAGAUCCAAUUAGCGGGAAAUAUCCAAAAGCAUGUUAUUGUUUGGAUAACCAAUCGAAGAUGAUACUAUGUGAUUGGCUUAAAACACUCAAAUUCCCUGACGGAUUUGUUUCCAAUCUAGGGAGAUGUGUUGAUAGUCGAAAGCUUAGACUUUUUGGUAUGAAAAGCCACGACUGUCAUGUUUUCAUGCAACGAAUUCUUCCUAUAGCUCUCAGAGAGUUCUUACCAAAUAAUGUUUGGCAACCAAUAACAGAGCUUAGCAAUUUCUUUAGAGAACUCACCUCAACUACACUUACUAAUGGGGACAUGCAAUGGUUAAAUGAACAAAUUCCUGUGAUCCUUUGUAAGCUUGAACGAGUUUUUCCUCCAAGUCUGUUUGAUUCAAUGGAAUAUUUACCAGUACACCUUGCAUAUGAGGCAUUAAUUGCAGGACCAGUACAAUAUCGGUACUUGAGAAAGUUAAAGAACAAUGUUAAAAAUAAAGUAAGGGUUGAAGGUUCAAUAUGCAAUGCUUACUUGGUAGAAGAAGCAAGUGCAUUUUCUGCUCAUUACUUUGAAGCACAUGUAAUGACCAGACAUCGAAAGGUUCCACGCAACUUGCAUGAAUUUGUCUCUGAUGAUGACAUACCAGAGGUGAAAACAUAUAUUGGCAUUUAUGUGGAGCGAGUAAAGUCGACACAACCAAAUAUCACAGAUGCAGCUGUUGAUGAAAAACUAGAGAGAGACUUUGUCAAAUGGUUUUACAAGUAUGCCCAUGAAUUGCCAAACAAUGUACAAAAUCAGCUUAUACAAGAUGUGGCAAAGGGACCACUCAGAAGUGUCACCACUUUUAAUGGGUAUUGUGUUAAUGGAUGUAAAUUCAACACAAUCAAUGGAAGUUCAAGUAGUAACUCAAUGAAUUUUGGUGUAUGUAUAAAAGGGAGUAAUUACAGUUCUGAAGAAAGUGACUACUAUGGACAGUUGGUCGAGGUGUUGCGAUUGGAGUAUCCAGGGCUACCAAUUAAGCGGACUGUACUUUUCAAAUGUGACUGGUUUGAUCCAAUACCAAGUACGGGCACCAAGGUGCAUAGACAGUAUAGAAUUAUUGAUAUUAACAAUAAGCGUAGAUACAGUAAGUACGAGCCAUUUGUAUUGGCCUCUCAGGCAACACAAGUCGUUUAUGCUUCAUACCCGAGCAAGCGCCGUGACAAAAAUGAUUGGUGGGCUGUGAUGAAAGUUAAAGGUAGACCCGUUGUUGAAGUAUCUCAAAUGUCUUCAAAGACAUAUGAACAUUUUCAAGAAGAUAUUAUGCUGAACGGAGGAAUGACUGAGAUUCAUGAUGACGUUUCGACAGAGGAAGACAAAUUCCUUAGUGACCCUGAUUCUGAUGCAGAUGCAGACGGUGAUAAUGAGUACAAUUCAUAUGAAUCUGACUAA